AUGUGCGGACCACGAUCUCCUGAGGCACCGUGUUCGGCCCGGGUCUGUCGGGCAUCAGGCACGGGGGUCCUUCUGCUCUCCUACCUGGCUUACUUGGUGCUGGGCGCCGGUGUGUUCUGGGCACUGGAAGGUCGUGCGGCCCGGUACUCCAGCCACAUCUUCCAGCGCGACAAGUGGGAGCGACUAAAGAACUUCACACAUCUGGAUGACCCAGCGCUGGAUCAGCUGAUCCGGGACAUCAUUCAAGCAUACAAAGAUGGGACCCAGCUCCUGGGCAGUACCACCAGCAUGGGGCGCUGGGAGUUUGUGGGCUCUUUCUUCUUUUCUGUGUCUACCAUCACUACCAUCAGCUACGGCAACUUGAGCCCAGAGACUACGGCUGCCCAUCUCUUCUGUAUAUUCUUUGCCCUCGUGGGGAUCCCACUCAACCUGGUAGUGCUCAACCGGCUGGGCGACCUUAUGCAGCGAGAGGUGCAUCAAUGGAUGGACCCCUCUCGAAAGUACCCCGUGUGGUACAAGAACAUCGUCUCCCUGUGGAUCCUUUUUGGGAUGGCCUGGCAGGCCCUGAUCAUCAAAAUGAUCCUGUCCCUGCUCGAGAUGCCAAGGGACACGUGCACCUGCUCCCUACGCUGCAUCAAGGGCCGAAGCUGGAGGCAGGGCCAAGAAGGAGAACGCGGGGUCCAAUCACCAGACAUCUCAUCUGAAACCUUUCACUCAGGUUAUGCGCUGUCGGCAAUGCUGGCAUGGUGGCAAGAGCCCCAGCAGCCAUAUUGCACCCUGAAGUACCCUGGAGUAGUGACCAUGAUUGAGAUGUAG